CGUGCCUGCACCAUUGACACUCUUGAUUUCCUUGAAGACAUUCUCGGCUCAAACGGUGAUGAGGUCGACUUAGCUCAUGAGGUCUAUAAGAAGUUGGAGGACGCCGGACACUACGACACGAACAUCAGUCUCUGGAAAGACUUUCCACUGGAGAUCGAGCAGGAGCAGGAGCUUUACGCGCCUUUCGUCAAUGCUGCCACUGCAAUCGGCGACACACUUCGAACCCUAGGUCACGAACCGCGUACGAGUGUGCUGUGGACGGAUGGCGCGAAUAUUUCUCCUAUAUCCCCAAACCUAGCAGCCCCCAAGCUCCGCCCUGACAUCCUGGCGACAAUCGGACAGCGAAACCUGGACCAGGAGCAACAAGUGAUUCCUCACUGGACUCGCGUUCACUCCCCGGUAGAAGUGAAGAAGAAAUCUGACGACGAUACUGUGGCGCCUGCCCUCGCACAGCUUGGGAACUAUAUGCGCAUGGUUCUCUCCGAACAAGUUAACCGUCGCUUCGUUCUUGGCCUGCUUCUCUGCGGGACGGAGCUUUCGAUAUGGAUGUGCGACAGGUCCGGUUUGGUGGGAACGCACCGUGCGUUCGACAUACACGAGUCUCCGCUCUUGUUUAUUCGCACCAUCAUGGCUUUCUAUCGAAUGGAUGCCUUGCGUAGUGGCUGGGACACCGAUAUGAAGCUGUUGCGAACGCGGAAUCACCAGCUCGAAGCUGUUUGUACCUCGGAUCUGACUGUCAUUCCAGCCGACUUUGGGGGCGACAUUUACGAUACAAAGUGGCGAAUCACGGUUCGAUCGCAGAACGGUGAAGUGGAGGUGUUUGAAACAGUGAAGGCCCUUAGCCUCGCGCGCUCGGCAGCUAUGUUCGGAAGCGGGAGUACGGUUUGGGACGUCUACAAUGUCAAGGACACGGAAAAGUUAUAUGUCCUGAAGCGGUUGUGGCGCGAUGACACAGCCGGCUUGGAAGCUGACAUGAUUCCAGGCGGCCUCGGCAAUUCUCCUGUCGUACAAAUUUUAUGGUCCCGGGAUGCUUAUCUGGAUGGUGGUAUCCGUGACGAGACUCUCGGCGUGAUUCGAGGACGCACUACGGUUCAGGACGCCGCCACGAAAAUAGGAGAUCAGCCCAAGCGUGGCAAGAGGAAGCGGAGUGACGCGAACUCCGCUGAUCAACGUGUUCACACCGCAGUCACCGACCAUUCCAAUUUUCAAACCGUAUUACAGUACAACCCAUGCAACCGUAUCCGGACAUACACCUUGAUGUUGACACGUGGCAUUGAACUCAAGCGGUUCAAGAGCGUACCUGUGCUGCUGAACGCCAUGCGCGACGCCAUCCAAGGCCACAAAGACCUGUGGUUCCGUGGCGUACUGCACAGGGAUAUCAGCCCUGGCAAUAUUCUGAUCACAUCGCAGGAUAAGACGGGCAGAGUGGGUUGUUUGAUUGAUCUUGAUCAUGGGAAGAAGUACGAGGACCACAUGAUGUCUGCCCCCAGUCUAUGGAGCGUAAGCUCUCAGAGGGCUGCCGUACUUGUUGAAGAUGAGAAAACCUAUCAUGACAUUGAUCUCAAGGAGACGGACGCGAUGAAACUGUUGGCUUGCUUUGGACCACGCGAUGCACACAUUUUCUUGGAAGAGGCGGCACUGGACAUUUGGCCGGAAGGGAUCCCAGACUAUAUCAUACCUGAGCUCGAGCCAGACGCGCGCUGGCCCAACGUGGAUGCCGAUUCGGAAACAGGAUUUAUACACACGGGAACCAAGGCAUUCAUGAGUGCUGAAUUAUUGCCUCAAGGGCGGCCAUAUAGAUACGCCAUUAAACGUCCUGGUGGGCCCAUCAAGCAAGGUGUCAUCCAUGACAUCGAAUCCUUUUUCUGGGUUCUCAUCUAUGUCUGCCUUGUGCGCCGUGAUGACGGUCGCUUGCGCGAUGAACUGCGCUCGGACCCCCCUGAAGGCGAUACAUAUGCCAAGACUCUGCAUAACAUCGUUUACUGCCUGUUCGACACAUCGGACGAGGAGACACUCCGCUCCAACAAGUUCGAAUUGUUUGAGAACCCUGCAGACAUGGAAAACUACGUUAUUCGCUACUUUCACCCGAGCAUGGCAUGUUUGAAACCGUUCGUGCGGAAAUGGUGGAAGCUACUCAUCUUCUCGUAUCGGGCAUACAACGCUUUUACGCCCGGCGUCAUACACUCGCAGGUUCUCCGACUUUUCAAUGACGAAAUCGCGACCUUCGGCGAAACGGGCACGCGUGGCGUGGCUGGCGCUACUGAACCAUUCCAGCCGAGCCCGGAGCGUCCGCGAGCAAAACCCGCACAGCCCGAAUCACGAACGUACCCUGUUGGAACGGGGUUCAGACUGGAUCCUGCCGCCUAUGCGAAAAGCAGCUCCGAGUCUGAAAGUUCUGCGCGCAAGAAGGCGAAGUCGGAGAACAAUUAGUUGCUGGUAGGCACACGCAAUGAUCGCAUAUGAUGAAAUGACGAUCGAUCGUUUCUGGUCCACAUCCGAGGUCGCUAUGCAUCGGUCCCGCUCCGCGCUUCCCUCUCGUCAUGCUGUCCUCAUACGCUGUCGCAAUGCUAUCUAGGCGGACGUCGAUGGCGCCGGUUUACUCUGUGCUGCGACAUCCCCGUGUUAUCUACAGGUUGCUUUCU